UCUCUCAGUUUCAGCUCAGACCAACUCUUAUUAACUCUCUCCUUCUUCAGAGCCAAGAGAGUUUGUGUGUGUGUGUGUGUGUUUUGUGAUGGGAGACGAAUUUCAGGCAGGAAUUUGUAGUGGAAACUGGUGGAAUUCAAGUAGAAGUGGACUGAGCGUGGGUUCGUGUUCAUCACCAUGUUCUACGGCACUCAAUGAUAUUGGGAGCUUUGGAUGGGCAAGUGAAACCAGAUCAUCUUGUGAGGAGACGACAGCUUCAGUUUCUGAUAGCUCCAUGGUAUUUCAACAUACCCAGAAGCAGUCGCAAGGUCCGGAUUCUGUCGGUGGCGAUGGCGGUGGCGGUGGCGGUGGCGGUGAUGGUGGCGGCAGUGGGGGUGGGGAUGGCAUCCUGAUGGAUUCUACUACGUUGCAAAUGAUGGGUUUUGGACCUUCAUCUCUCACAAUGGAUUGGAACCAAACUUUACUUCGAGGUAAUGGAAGAAAUGGAGAGACUAAUUUCCAUUCCAUGAUUCAAGAUGAGUUGAGUUCAAGACCCAAAUUUAAGCCAGAAACGGGGAUGGAAUCUCCUCCAACACAUCAAGUCCAGAAGGAGUGGAGCCCCAAGAGUAGUUUCUCCGAUGGUGGUGAAGAUUCCACCUCUUUAAAUCCAUUUAAUAAGCAAAUAAAUCAGGUCUUCCCUUUGGACCAUCAUCAGCAGCAGCGGUUAAAUCCCAGUUCCGGCGACUGUACUGUGAGCAGCCAAGGCAUACCCUCAAGUUUUCCCUCUUUCACAUGCAAUUCAGCUUCGUUAUUGCAAGGCCUGUUCGACCCUCAAGAGACCCAUCCAUCCAUUAACAAUCCAUCUCCAAACUACGGCAUUAACACCGGUGAAUUCGCUUCGCCGUUGCUGUCACCGUCGCCUUCUUGGGCUAAAUUUCCGGCUUUCCUGAAAGCUUCGCCACCGAAGCAGCAGCAGCAGCAGCAGCAGCUGCAACACCAACCUCAGUUACACUUCUCCAACAAUACUCCUUACUGGAAUGCCUCUGCAGCUCCCAUGAAUGAUGCUCGUUCUAGCUUCUUCCCUUCUUCACAUACACAAUUUCUUUCGCAAACCUUCGAGGAGAAACCCAGUUGCAGCAGCAUCACAGCCCUCACUACCUCAAAGUCUAGUACGGAAGAAGUUCGUGAUUCAGGGUCAGGGUCAGUGGCAAAGAAAAGCAGUAGUGAACCGGUUUACAAAAGGCCUCGGAUUGAGACACCAUCGCCAUUACCAACUUUUAAGGUUCGUAAAGAGAAAUUAGGGGACCGAAUCACUGCUCUACAACAACUUGUUUCACCUUUUGGAAAGACUGAUACGGCAUCUGUGCUCUUCGAAGCUAUUGAGUAUAUCAAGUUCCUCCAUGAGCAAGUCAGCCUUUUGAGUACGCCAUAUAUGAAGAAUGGAGCUCCCACACAAACCCAACAACAGAAUUCUGAUAAAUCAAAUGAAGGUGAAGGACACAAACAAGAUCUUAGGAGCCGUGGAUUAUGUUUGGUUCCACUUUCAAGUACGUUUCCAGUUACAAAUGAAACUGCAGCUGAUUUCUGGACACCUACGUUUGGAGGAACUUACAGGUAGAGGGAGACAAGCCAACAGAAGGUUGCCUUGAGAGGAACUGAAUUUUUUUUUUUUUUCCUUUUUCUUUUUAUAAGUCUCUGCAAGUAGGAUCGAUGACAACAAAGCCCAAGUCCAGUUGGGAAUGAUAAGAUCAUUGAAGGAAAGAAAGAAUAAAUGAAUAAACGGAUGCUGCCAUCUGAUCACUGUGCUGGUAAAAGAAUGAGGAAGAGAAAGAAAGAAGAAGAUUACAGAAAAGGAAGAAAAAGAGAAAGAAAAGGAAGUGACCCUUCAUGGACUAGCAAAGUUGGAGCAGCUACAAGCAGAAUGAUGAAGGAUGGCCAAAGAUAAGGGACCCUUGGAAGAGAAUAAAGAGUUGUAAUAAUCAAAGUACUAGAUAUAUAUAUAAAAGUAAAGUUGGAUUAGGGAUGGGAACAGGUGCUAAAUUUGGUGCAAGUUUAGAUUAAAUUUGAGGGGGAGUGGAGAUUUGUUGUUAACAGCUGAAUUUAGCAGAGAAGGGAUGGGAUAAAGGGGUUUUGUUCCUGUUUCUAAAAUUAUAUAUAUGUUGUAUAAGGGCUGGCAUGGUACCACCUUUAUUUUAAAAGAAAAAGAGAUGGAUCACCAAAGAGAGAAAAGAUAUCAGAGGAAUAAUUGAAUUCAGGAACAGCAGUGAGUGUGUGGAGGUCAUUUGAUUGGGGGAUCAAAAAACUUUUGAUUUGUUUAUAUGUCAAGAAUAUGGUAGUGGAAGUCAGAGGGCGGCCCACUGCCUCUCCUUUUAGGGUUUUUUUUUUUUUUUUUUUUUUUCUUAUUCGAAAUUAGAGAGAUGCGUAUGAG